AGAGAAGUGGAGAUGAGUGAGAGGUGACCGGUCGCCGAGAACAACCUCUCCGACGCAAGAUGUUUUUCGGUCCCCGGAGGGACCAGGCUUGCCCCAGCGAACCUCGCUCAGACUCCGAGGAGGGGAUAGGGCAAAGCGAACGUGAGAGGAAAGGACGACGAGGGACGAGGAACAGGAACGAGGAACAGACAACGACCUCUCGACCUCUCGACGCAGACGCGUUUCGCUGCUGCCGAAACGGUCCCGGGAGGGACCAGGCUCGCCCCAGCGAACCUCGCUCAGACUCCGUGGAGGAGGAGCAGGAUGAUGAGGAGGGGAUAGGGCAAAGCGAACGCGUGAGGAAAGGACGACGAGGACCAUGACGGGAACAGGAGAACGGACACGAAGGAGGUGGCCGGAUGUCAUGAAGAAGGACAGAGCGAACGUGGUACGAAGCAAGAAGAGGAGGAGGAGGAGGAGGAGAAGGAGAGAAGAAGAGCAAACAACCUCUCUGACGCAAGAUGUUUUCGCUGCAAAAAAGGGUAGCUGUCGUGGAAAGGACGGGAGGAGAAAAGGAGAGUGAAAAAAAAAAAAAUAAAAAAAAAAAUAAUAAUAAUAAUACACGUACUAAUAUCAACCCCCUUCCACCGCCACGUUACCCGUCUCUGUCACCGCACAGCAAGCCCACAGCAAACAACCAUGACAGCGCGACCUAUUACCGCUCAAAGGUUCCUACAACAGCUUUUUUCCAGCUCGCCGUGUGAAGAAAAUGAAGAUGAAGAAGAAGCAUCAUCCUCCUUACCUUCCGAAGAAGAAGAAGAAGAAGAAGAAGAAGAAGAAGAAAUGCAAAAGGGGACAUCCCGCAAAAAAACAGCCGCAGCGGCGGGGCAAGGAGGGGAAGCGAGAGAGAGAGGAGGAGAGCUCUACGCGACGGCUAAGAGGGCCAGAGCGAGAGCGAGGGGACGGGAGGACGAGGGGGUGGCGAAAGAAGGAAGAGCAGAGGAAUCGAGAGCGAGAGGAGAGUAUUUCUCAACGGCGAGAGCAAGAGCAAGAGGAUAGGAAGAUGAGGCAGCUGCGACGGCAGCAGAGGAAGGGCGAUCAGGAGCAAGAGGAAAGAAGAGAGCAGGAUGAGGAGGAACAGGAGGAGAACACGAGGCGUUUCGCUGUCAAAAAGGCCAGAGGAAAGACACGGGCUCGUAAACCUCGCUGCGACUCCGACGAGGAGGAGAAUGAUGAGGAGGAGGAGGAGGAGGAGGAGGAGGAGGAGGAGGAAAGGACAAAGCGAAAGCGCCGCGAAGAACGAGAGGAGGAUGGAGAACAGGAGAACACGAAGCGGUCAGCAGCCGCGAACUUGCUACGACAAGAGCGAGGGGACGUGAGGACAAUGGGGCGGCGAAGGAAGGAAGAGGAGAGGAAUCGAGUGCGAGAGGAGAGUACAUCGCUACGGCGGGAGCGAGGGGACGGGAGGACGAGGGAGAGAGCUUGUCAGACGAGCCUCACUCUGAACAGGAGGAUGUAUCAGAAGAAGAAGAAGAAGAAGAAGACGGAGGAGGAGGAGGAGAGGGAGAAGAAGAAGGCGAAGGAGGAGUGGAUGUGGAAGUGGAAGAAGGAGAAGAAGAAGAAGAAGGAGGAGGAGGAAGAGACAAAGACCUUCUUGUUGCACCAGAGACGUUCCUGUCAAGAAAUGGGAAAAUAACUUGGUCCUCUACACCAUACCAAACGAUACCCUCGCAGCAGCAGCAGCAGCAGCAGCAGCAGCAGCAGCACAACAACAGCCCUGGCCGCCCGGGCCCACAGCCUAUGCGGCUUCCAAUGUCCGAGAUAUCGUCUCAGCAUUCCGCCUCUUCCUCACGCCGGGAAUAGAUAAAAUCAUCCUGGAGGAGACUAAUCGCGAGGGUCUUAGGAAAUAUGGAAGAGACGGCUGGAAGAGGAGGGAUGAGAUCGACCUGCACGCUACAUGGGGCUGCUCAUCCUAGCCGGCGUGUACAGGUCCCGAGGUGAGGCCACCGCCAGCCUUUGGGACGGAGAGAGCGGACGUGCCAUUUUCCGUGCCACAAUGUCGCUCAAAGUCUUUCACGUUUACUCGAAGCUGGUGCGAUUCGAUGACCGCGAAACUAGAGCUGAGAGACGCACCACGGACAAACUGGCCGCCGUAAGAAAGGUCUGGGACGCGUGGGUCGAGCGGCUACCGAUCCUCUACAACCCUGGGCAUCACGUCACGGUGGAUGAGCAACUGGUUCCGUUCAGAGGUGAUGACAGGAACGAUAAAUCAA